GCCCCCAUUUCCGUCCCCUCCUCCCCCGCCUUCCCCAUCUCCAUCCGCGCCUCUGCCUAGCCUCCCCACCUCCGGCGCCGCCGCGUCCUUCCACACCCACCGCCACCGCCACCUUCAGUCAAUCCUCUCGAACAGCACCGAAGCGGGGGCUUCACCUCAGCUGCUCCAUCCAUGAUGAGCUGCCCCCUUGCUCCGCCCCAGCGCCCCAACAUAGGGUUUGCCUCUGGCGGCGCUCUGCCAUGGUAAGCUGGGGAGGACGCGACCCGGUGUUACCCGGAGGAAGCGGGGGUGGGGUCUCGCCGGCGGAUGGACGCCGAUGAGGCUGCGGGAAGUAGCAGGAGGAUGGAUCUGAACCUAUACCUCGGCCUCCCGCUCGCCCCGCGCCCGCGCCGCUCCGACCUCGGCUCCGACCUCGCCCUCAGCACCCCGAUGCCCUCUUCCCCCUCCUCCUCCGCCGCCUCCGUCGACGCUCCUCCGCUGCCGGAGCCCCCGUACGUCCCGUACUCCCCGUCCCGUGUUGACCUUUCUCCUCCACCACCGGAGGCAUACUCCUCGUUCCAUCUCGAGGAACCGCACCUACAGUACGUGCCGCCGUCUCCGGCGCCGGUCAUCCACGGGCCCCAGGACGACCACGGAUUCGGCUUCCAUCCCCCGCCGCCGCUGGUGCGAGCCAGCGAACUGCUGGGCUGGGAGGACCGGCCGUCCUCAUCGACGGCCUCCUCCUCUUUCCUACCUGACGUUGCCACAAGGUACAGGCGGCUGCUCGAGCAGACAGGAAGCCGGUGGCUCCGCACAAGGCGGUUUAGAUCGGACCUUCCGCCGCUAGGCUCCGAGGCUCAGCCUGCAGGGUACGACACAGCACUGCCGGUGCCACAUCACGAGCCAGCGAAUGAUACUGUUGGGGACAAUAAGGUAGCCGGCAGUGGAGCUGAAGCAGGUGCCUCCGAGGAGCCGGAGGAGCGGGGCAAGAGCACUGCCACAUUUGAGUGCAACAUAUGCUUCGAGAUGGCCGGAGAGCCGGUGGUCACCUCUUGUGGCCAUCUCUUCUGCUGGCCUUGCUUGUACCAAUGGCUCAAUGUUUACUCCAACCACAAGGAGUGCCCAGUCUGCAAAGGCGAGGUGACGGAGGCGAACAUCACUCCUAUCUAUGGGAGAGGGAAUUCCAGUUCAGAUGCAGAGAAGGCUGCUGAAGAAGGUAAACAGCCAGGUCCUGCAAUCCCACCAAGGCCACAUGGAAAUCGGCUUGAAAGUUUUAGGCAGCAGUUUCAGCACCUACGUCCAAUGUCAAGAAGGCUUGGUGACGCCCAUGGGAUACUGUCAUCAUGGAGGCGCCUUCUCGAUCAGCAGAUUAUGACUAGUGUGAGUAGAUUUGAAGGCCCACCUGAACCAGCUGCGAAUGAAGUAGGCGAUAUUGCUCAACACACGAGUCGCCUAAGUAGAUUGGCCAACAGGAUGAGAGCAAGACGGUUGCAGGGUGAGUUGGAUAACCCUCCUGAUGCUGGCUCCAUUGCCCCCGAUAGUGGUUUGCUUGGAAAUAAUGCACCAGAUGCACCCAGACAGCAUUUACCGGAAGGAAUUGAUUUGCUGCAACGACUUACUCUUAUUGGCAUUGCAAAUACAGAAAGGUUGGCAACUGCUAUGAAUGACCUGAGAAGAAUAGCUGCACCUAGUCAAUAUGGAGCAUCUGCUUCGUCAUCAAACCCGUUGAAUCCUGAGGCAACACCUGAGAGAACUCAUGUUGGUGCAGUACCCUCUACAGACCAAGCAUCUAAUUCGAGCACCAUUGCAGUGAUACAGGGGGACACAGCUAUUUCUGAGACAGCGGGAGAGCCUAGUAAUGCAGGGUCUUCCAGAACCCUCAGGAGAAGGGGGAGAAGCAAUGGCUUGGCUUCUUUAGAUGUGGAUGGUGGUCCUCCGCAGCGCAACAAGAGGCGGAGGAUGAACUGAACCUUCUCGGUUGUGGUGUUUCUUUGAACUUCAUAAUCUGCUUCACUGAUUUGAGUUAUUGCAUUUCGUUUCUGUGGGUGAGAUCUGCUAUGUUGUACUGUAACAAUGUUUCUUAUCCAUUUGUUUACUAGACAAUAGUACCGCCAAAAUGGUUGGGUAGUUCCUCUGAAGCCUGUACCUCUUUAAUCUAUUCCUAAGUUGUUGGUCAAACCAAAUGUGGAUGAAACUAGACAGUUGUUGUUGGAUCAUAAUUUUACUGUUCAUAAACUGGAUGCCGAAGCAUGCAAUGACA